AAAGAAAAGAAGAACGCUCGAAAUUUCAAAGAGUAAAUUCGUCGCCAAUUCAACUGAAGAAUACAGAGAGUCUACUUGAAGUCUAAAUUUGUUCGUCUAAAUUCGUUCGUUUACAUUCGUCUUAAAUUGGUCAGUGAAUUUGAGAUAAGUGUUUUACUAAGUGAAAUCAAGAUUUCGAUAAGCAUGGCUGAAGAAAAAGAUCAAAUGCUGGUGAUUAAGGAAGAGGGGGAGGAUUAUGUGGCCAAUGUGGCAGCAUGUGACCCCUCGAAAAAGAAAAAGAAGAAGAAGGUCGUCAUUCAAGACACUGCUGAAGAUUUGGAACAGAUCGUUGAGAAAACUGAGAGUUUGUCUGUUUCUGAUAGCCUUGAACCAACUUUUACUGGAUUGAAAAAGAAGAAGAAGAGACAGACUGAUCUUUUGGAUUCUGACAAAGAAAAUGUCAGAGAUAAUAUGGAUGAUUCCAUUGUAGAAAAUGAUGAGGAAGGAGAAGGAAAGGUCUUGGAACAACACAGACUUCCGUGGGAAGGGACUGAUCUUGACUACGAGUAUGAGGAGCUUAUAAGCCGAGCCUUCAAUACUCUUCGUGAAAUCAAUCCAAGACUUGCUGGAGAUAGGCGUAAAACUAUCAUGAAGCCGCCAUACAUUCUCCGUGAAGGAACAAAGAAAACUGUUUUUGUUAAUUUCACAGAGAUUUGCAAAUCUUUGCAUAGGGAACCAGAACAUGCUAUGAGCUUCUUGCUAACUGAAUUGGGUACAACUGGAUCUAUUGAUGGACAGCAGAGAUUGACAAUAAAGGGGCGGUUUCUUCCAAGUAGUUUCGAAAGACUUCUAAAGCGAUAUUGCAACAACUAUGUCAUUUGCAAUGUUUGCAAGAGCUCAGAAACAAAUAUUACAAAGGAGAACCGUCUUUCGUUCAUACAAUGUGAUACGUGUGGUUCACGUCGCUCUGUUGAUCCAAUCAAGGAUGGGUUCAAGGCUUGUUUGAAAAAGCGUGGUAAUUCACGAAAAUGAACAAUUUACGUUAUCUGCAUCAGUUCUCUUGAUGGACUAUAGUACCUAGAUGAUUUUGAUUUUAGAAUAAAUGCACAUGCUAGAAAGCUUUUGUUUUCAGGAUUGACCCAUUUCACAAUUUGAAUGUUUAUCAUCUUGAUGCAUGAGUAUGAUGCUGCCUUUUGUAUAAA